UUCAUAUAUAUAAUUUCCUCCGCCCUAAUUCUUCCAGCCUCUCUCUCUCUCUCUUCUCUCUCUCUAUAUCUCGCGCGCGCUCUCCCAUCGCCGCCGGAGUUUUCUCGCCGGGUCUAGAUUUUCUUGGUUAUGCUCCCGAAAAUUUCUACGAAUAUAUCAAUUUGUCUGCGUAUACUUCUCCUGUCGGAUUUGUGGGCAUUGUAUGAGAUGUGAAGCUGGAGCAUUAAGCAUAGCAAAUUGCGUGUUCUGAAGUAGAAACCGGAUGGAGAUAAUUGGAGCUUUAGACGAGAUUUUAGUGCAAAAUCCCCCGCUGGAGGACUUCUCUUCUGCUGAUUUGACUUGGACUAAGUUUGGUACGGCGGAGCAUCAUGACGAUGUCGCCCUCAUUCCGUAUGCAAGGGUGGAUGAAUUUAUAAUCGGAGAAUGCUCGAACGUGGAGUGCCCAACUCGGUUUCAUAUCGAAAGGGGAAGGAAACGUCCCCGAGGAAGCCUGAAGGAGCAUAAGAGCGAUGACUAUUUGGAAUACAGGCUGUAUUGGUGUUCAUUUGGUCCUGAAAACUAUGGGGAAGGUGGUAGUGUCUUACCAAGUAGAAAGUAUCGUCUCAACACUAGAAACCGUGCUGCCCGACCACAGUCAAUGAGGGGAUGUACAUGCCAUUUCGUGGUCAAACGCCUCUAUACUCGCCCUUCAGUUGCACUUCUUAUAUAUAACGAAAGACGUCACAUAAACAAGUCCGGAUUUAUCUGUCACGGGCCUCUUGAUAGAGAUGCUAUCGGCCCUGGUGCGAAGAAAAUCCCGUAUAUAUGUAACGAAAUUCAACAGCAAACCAUGUCUAUGAUAUAUCUCGGUAUUCCCGAAGAAAAUGUGUUGGAGAAACAUAUCGAAGGGAUCCAGAGAUACUGUGGUUCAGAUGCAACAGUGAAUAGCCUUGCUACUCAAUAUGUUCACAAACUCGGGAUGAUUAUUAAGCGCUCAACUCAUGAGUUGGACCUCGAUGAUCAAGCUAGCAUCAAGAUAUGGGCUGAGCGCAACAAGAAAUCCAUUUUCUUUUAUCAGGAUCCUUCAGAAACAGAUCAGUUCAUGCUGGGGAUUCAGACAGAAUGGCAGUUGCAGCAAUUAAUUCGUUUUGGGCAUUGUAGUCUUAUAGCCGCUGAUUCGACAUUUGGUGUAAAGAGGCUUAAGUAUCCUUUGUGUACACUUCUUGUAUUUGAUUCUAGACAGCACGCCCUCCCCAUCGCAUGGAUUAUUUCUCGUAGCUUUUCAAAACCUGAUGUGGAGAAGUGGAUGAAGUCACUACUUCAGCGUGCCCGGAGUGUAGAGCCUGGCUUUCAUAUCAAUGGAUUUAUCAUUGACGAUGCCGCUGCAGAGAUUGAUCCCAUAAGGGACACAUUUGGUUGCUCCAUCCUUUUCUCUCUGUGGCGUGUUCGUAGAUCAUGGCUUAGAAAUGUUGUCAAGAAGUGCGAUAACGUUGAGGUCCAGAGGGAGUUAUUCAAAUGUUUAGGAAAAGUCGUGUACAGCGUUUGGAACGGAGAUGAUACAUCAAAGGCAUUGGAAGAAUUAACUCAGGAUUUCGUUGAUCAAACUGCAUUUAUGCAGUAUUUCAAGGCCAUUUGGAUGCCUAAGAUAGGAAUGUGGCUUUCAACUAUCAAAAGUCUUCCAGUUGCGAGUCAAGAAGCAUCUGGUGCGAUAGAAGCUUACCAUGUAAAGCUGAAAGCCAAACUAUUUGAUGAUACGCACCUCGGUGCCCUUCAGAGAGUGGAUUGGUUGGUGCACAAGCUGACAACUGAAUUGCAUUCGAGCUAUUGGCUUGAUCGGUAUGCAGAUGAGAGUAACUCUUUCCAUAAUGUCAAGGAAGAAUAUCUUGCUUCUACAUCAUGGCACCGGGCAUUGGAGAUUACAGAUUCUGCUGUUACAUUCGAUGAAAAGAACCGCCUUUUUGCCAAGGUUCAGUCUAAGAAAGAUACCGACGUAUUGCAUGUUGUCUGGAACCCGGGAUCUGAGUUUGCUUUCUGCGAUUGCUUAUGGUCAUUACAAGGGAAUUUAUGCAAACACAUCAUCAAGGUAAACUCGAUGUGUGAAAAUCGUGAAGGCUAUAGUCCCUCAAUGUCGUUUCGUUCUCUCAGAGAGAUACUAACGAACCUGAGGAAGCAGCCUAUGGACGACUCGAUAGACUUGGAUCUGUCAAUGGCCUGGACCCUGCAGAUGCUUGAUCAGAUAAAGCAAUUGGUUCAACUGAACAGUACGGAUGAUAUCAGCGACAUAGUUCAUAAUCUGCCGGUGAAAUGGGCUUGUAAGAAGAGCAGAACAACCAUUGGGAUACCCACCACUACUAGUGCCUUUACAAAGGAAAAGAGUCAGAAACGAAAACGGCUGUCACAGAUGAGACGAUGACUUGGUAGUUAGAUCACUCUCUGCAACUGUGUCAGAAUCCUGCCCAGUUCAAUCAGCCUGAAGAAGAUUCCCAGAAAUCUCUGUGAGAAUUCAAUGCAGGAUCCGAAUAGCCUUUUGUGGCAGCCUCAAGGCCUUGUACAAAGGCAGAGUGUGAGCAACAGUAGCGUCAGAGUUGGAAAUUCUUAGUUGUAGCCUAAUACCAACCCUUCGUUCUUUUCUUGUUUCCAUUGUACAUCUUUCCAUUUACUAGAUAAGAUUGUUCAUUUCGAGAAACACAGAUAUCUAUUCUCCUUAUGAUGACAAUUCCAUAUCUGUA